CUGCAACAAAAACCGGGGUUAAGAAAUUUACGCGCCCUUGAAACGUUAAUGGGAUGGAAUCUAUUGAUGUACUAAAGAAGAAUUUAGAGCUUGCUAAAGAGCAACUAAAAAUCGUUGACAACGAUAUCAAAAGAAUCACAGGACGAGAUCCAUCUGAUAGACGUAUAACAGAGCCGAGUUCUAAACGCACACGUCCGCGCAUUGCUGGGGUUAACCAAUUAAGGCCAGAUUCUUUGGAUAAAUUAAAUGGUGAUGAAAUCUUUCAGGAUAUCAAGCGACCGAUUGAUGAUGAUUUGCGAGUUUCUGUCGCAUCCUCUGUUGUUCGUGUUACCGAUACUCGUUCUAGGGAAGAUGCAGCCAAAGAAUUAAAAAAGUCAGACAAAGAAAGGGGACGUCGUAUGCUUGGGAUCCUUCAGGGCACUUUAAAACAGUUUCAAGCUGAAUCUGCAGCUGCAAUCAAAAAGCCCCAAAUGGAGAAACGACGUUUAGUUGAUGCUAAAUUGGAAGCUAGAGCAAGAGAAGAAAAAGAAAACUUACGUCGCGAGCGCGCAGAACUGUUUCGAACUCGGCGAGAACAUCACGUAGAAGUUAGCAUUCUUCAACAAAAAAUGAGAUUAUUAAAAAAGUUUGAAAUAUGGAAAGAGCAACAGGAAAAAAUGAAAGGUUUCUGCCGUACUUCAAAGCCACCAUAUAUAUUUUAUCGUCCAAAAAUUCACAAUGAAGAGUCGAAAUGGCGCAUAGAAGUAACAGUUCGCGCUAUCGACGCUCUCAUUGCUCGUCGUCGGAAAAAACUAGAAACAGAAUUUGAAGAAACUAUGCAAUCACGUCGUCGUUUAGCAUCAAGUAUUCAUGAUCCAUCAGAUAAUAAGAUAAAUAAAACUGAUGAUUCUGACAAGAAUUAUAAUAAAGAUGAACAUGGUAAAGGUAAUGAUGAUCGAUGGUCUUCAAUAACUGAUAUUUCCAAGGAAACUAAGUUUAAUAGUUCUAGGGCUUCUACACAUCAACAUCAUACUACCAGUUAUAGUUCACCACGUUUAUCCGAUGCACUCACCAAUAAAAACUUUCAUAAUUCACAUCGUCAAGACUUAGAAGCUGGUGAAUUAUCAGAUGCUAGUGAAACAUUUGCUUUAGGUGAUGAACCUCAAUUAAUGGAAGAAGAUCAACAUCAUGCUAUCUAUACAGAAUCGUCAAAUCGUACAAGAAAACAAAACACAUCUCCUUUAUUGUCAUCUAAACGAUCCAGUAGUCAUUUGUCAUCUCAAAAUAGUCCACCAACUCAAAAACCUAAGUUAUUAUUCUCUGUUGGUGAAUCUCAUCCACUUGAUACUGUGAAUGGAGAAAAAGAACGAACCAAACAGAACUUCACUGGGACUGAUUAAUUUCUUUUUUUCUUUUUAAAUUGUUCUCAGUUACUCUACAUUUUUCAACGAAAUUCUUUUCUUGUUUUCAUUUAUUCAACCCCCUUUCAUCAUUCCUCAUCAGCAGCAUCAUCCGUAUACAUGAUCAUUGUCAUAGUUCUUUUUAAAAAAAAACAAAACUAAGAAAUCAUGUUCCUACGUUUUACUUUCCUACCAAGAGAAUACAAUGUAUUCCAUUGUAUUCAUGUAUGUAUGUAUGUAUCUGUCUCUCUCUCUCUCUCUCUCCAACUGUAACAAAUAUAUUUUACUAUCUUAUUAUUUUGUAAGCUUGUAUUUCACAAGCACGUUGAAGUCCUUAAUAUAGAGUAAUGUAAUGAUGUAAUUCUCUUUUUAUUCUUUCUUUUUGUGUUGUUGGUUGUUUGCUAGUUAUCCCGUUGAUUUUUUUAUGUUAUAUGCUUACA